GCAUAUUUUAAUAUUUUAUUGUAAGAUAUAUAUCUAGUCUAAUAAGAAUACUAAUACGAGUCUGUUAUAGUUCUUCCGGCAGCAAUGGAGGUUGAAUCGUUUACAAUAUUUCCGCCUGAUGCAGAUGGGCAAGAUCACCAGAGUGAGAAUGCUAGGGAGAUAGGAGGCCAGGCGGUCUGGACACUGUCGUCGUGUAAGCAGGGCUUCGCUAUGGACCAGCUGAGAGACGGCAAUCUAGACACAUAUUGGCAGUCUGACGGACUACAGCCACAUUCCAUCAGUGUGCAAUUUCCGAAACGACAGACGGUUUUGGAGGUUUGCUUUUAUGUGGACUAUUUGCAAGAUGAAAGCUAUACACCCCAGAAAAUAUCAGUAAAAGCUGGCUCGCACUAUCAUGAUCUUCGGGAAAUCACCCAAAUGUCCAUGACUGAGCCUUCAGGUUGGGUUUCUGUACCCCUCACAAGAACAGAUCAGACAGCCGGUGUGCAGGCCAAUCUACUUGAGAUCACUAUGCUAUCCAACCAUCAAAAUGGAAGAGACACCCAUAUGAGACAGAUAAAGGUCUUUGGCCCUGUAGAAAGGGGGAUAUCGGUCAUUGAAAAGUUUCAGGAUCCGAAUCUCGAGACAUAUUCGAAUUUACGAUGACGUACUUAUUAGUACUCUGUGAGUUUUACUCGAGAUUCGCACUGCAGAGAGCUGGCCUCCAAACACGCAGAGCUGACGACGACAGAAUGCUUGCUGUUUCAUCGAAUGCUUGCUGUUUCAUCGAAUGCUUGCUGUUUCAUCGAAUCCUUCCUUGCGCCACUUGCUAUACAGUGCGUGAUCGUAGUGGCAUGAUUGUGGUAUUAGGGAAUCGAUGCCCAUUCUACAUUCUAUCAGCAAAAUAUACCACGUAGUGUGUAUAACGUCGCUGUGGGUUCGAUGGAGGUGUGCGUACGAAUUGCAAUCGGCGACACUGGGUUCGAUAGAAGUAUAAAUUGGAGAGUACAAAAGGCGACGCUGGGUCGAUGGAAAUGUGAUUAGAAGCCGUGUUCUUACGCGGUCUCAUUGGAUUUGACCACAAUAUAUGAAGGCGAUGUUAUUGAUACGAGCUGCCAGAUGUGACCUUGCCGCUGAAUUUGAAAAGAAUCACCCUGAUGAAAAAGUGGAUUCAGUGUGUUCUCUCGUGUACUCCUUUAAUUAUAAGUACUUUCUAUAUCAUCUAUAUACGUAGCGCUCUCCUUGAAGUAAGGGCCACCCGGGAAAAUAACCCUACUUGGCGCGAUUGUGCGGAAUAGUGUGCACUUUUAAAUCUAAUUAUUUUCAGUCGUUCCCGGAAUUACGUUUCUUUUCAACACUUCUUAGUUGCCUAGUAUUUACGAUCAAGGGUGCGCGGGAGGGUGAUCGUGGCGAUGUCCGCCUUAAAGAACCUCCAUUGGGCUCAAAUAAAUACAAAGGUAUAGUAUACCUAAACUUCUUUUUUCGUCUCGAUCUCCUAAUCUUAGCUUUUGUGCUAGCCGUGUCUAAAUUCUCGUUCAAGUUGGUAUCAUCAUUCUCACUAUCGCUCAGCACCUAUAGGUAUUCCGAAUGGGUUCA